AACGGGCCGGCCAGCCCUUGCUCCUUCUAGGCCAGCGGCGGGUCGGCCUGGAUCGCCUGCUAAAGGGAUCGCAGCUCCUUGGCCCUAACCCAGAAUGACUGCAAGCAAGGACAACCCGUGCCAUGUGCCUGCCUAGGCUAGGCAACCCCCCUCUCCACUCGGGCCCACCGUACGAGCGCCGGUUUGCGUUGCAAUCUGCGGAGCAGCUCCCUCCUCCCCGCCCGCCUCGCAUAACCCCCUCCUCCCUGCCAAAUCCCCAGCCUGCCUGCCUGCCUGGGCUCCGUCCGCAGCGGGGAAGCGAAGCCAAAUCCCAGCCGGGCUUGAGCCGCUCCUGCCGCACAGGAGGACGAGGCCAAAGCGGCGGCAGCCGCAGCCACCACGCCGUGCGCGUGUGUGCGCGUGAGCGGCAGGCGGGAGAGUGGAUGGCGGGUCUGCAGCUGCUGCCACCAGCUUAGCUGGGCUUCUGCCCCCUCGCCCCCGCUGAGCGCAUUGCUGCGAGUGCGGCAGCGGCUGCGGCACCACCAUGCCGAACCCCAGCGGCCUUGACAAGGCGCUGAAGAUGUCCCUGCAGAGGAAAUCCAAGAUCCACUCGGCUGCUGUAGAACUACUUGAUCCGAAAUAUUGGCUUUAUCUGGAACUCCAUCACCAAGUUCACACAGCCAUUUUUGAGAUGUUACCAGAACAAUAUGGGAAGUGAUUAUAUGAAGCAGCAACCACAUCAUGGAGGAGUCAUGGAGGAACGACAAUGGAAGAAAUCAUGGACCUGAUCUCCUGGCUUCUGACCUUGGCUUGACUAGACCUGAUUUCCCAUUCCUCCUGUGUGGACCUGACUGUGUGGACCUGUGUGAAGGCUUCUGGCACUGGCCUGUAAACUGACCUCAACUUCUGCCCAGCUCCCCUGGACCCAUUUGCUCUUCUUCGGGCUACAAGAAGGCGGAUGAUGAGAUGUCCGGGGCCACGUCCUCUGCGGACCAGGAGGAGGCAGCAGCCCGCACCAUUUACCUAAACCAGCCCCAGCAGAGCAAGUUCCAUGACAACCGGGUCAGCACAGCCAAGUAUGGUGUGGUGACAUUUCUACCUCGAUUCUUGUAUGAGCAGAUCAGAAAAGCUGCUAAUGCUUUCUUCCUCUUCAUUGCCUUACUGCAGCAAAUUCCAGAUGUCUCUCCAACUGGAAGAUAUACCACCUUGGUGCCAUUGCUAUUUAUUCUAACGGUUGCUGGCAUCAAGGAGAUUAUAGAAGACUAUAAAAGACACAAGGCUGACAGUACAGUGAACAAAAAGAAAACAGUGGUUUUAAGAAAUGGAAUGUGGCAGAAUAUUAUGUGGAAGGAGGUGGCAGUGGGAGAUAUUGUGAAGGUCACCAAUGGGCAGCAUCUCCCAGCAGACAUGAUCAUUUUAUCUACCAGUGAACCUCAGGCAAUGUGCUAUAUUGAAACAUCUAACCUUGAUGGAGAGACUAAUCUUAAAAUACGACAGGGUUUGACUCAGACUGCUUGUCUCCAGUCCAGAGAAGACUUGAUAAAAGUGUCGGGGAAGAUAGAAUGUGAAGGACCCAACCGGCACCUUUACGACUUCACUGGAAACCUGCGUUUCGAUGGCCAAAGUCCAGUUCCAAUUGGACCUGACCAGAUCUUACUAAGAGGCGCACAGAUCAGGAACACUCAGUGGGUUUUAGGAAUAGUUGUCUACACAGGACAUGAUACAAAACUUAUGCAGAAUUCUACCAAAGCUCCCCUGAAGAGAUCAAAUGUGGAAAAAGUGACCAAUAUGCAGAUCCUUAUUUUGUUUUGCAUCCUUCUUGUCAUGGCUCUAGUGAGUUCUGUGGGUGCCUUACUGUGGAACAGAACACAUGGCAAAGUCAUUUGGUACCUUGGCUCAAAUGAAGCACUCUCAGUCAACUUUGGCUACAACCUGCUCACCUUUAUAAUCUUGUACAACAACCUCAUUCCUAUCAGUCUGUUGGUGACUCUGGAAGUGGUGAAGUUUACUCAGGCUCUUUUUAUAAACUGGGACAUAGAUAUGUAUUAUAAUGAAACAGAUACACCUGCAAUGGCCAGAACUUCAAAUCUUAAUGAGGAGCUUGGCCAGGUAAAAUACCUGUUUUCUGAUAAAACGGGCACCUUAACGUGCAAUAUUAUGAACUUUAAGAAGUGUAGUAUUGCUGGAGUGACCUAUGGUCACUUUCCAGAACUGGCCAGAGAAGUUUCAUCAGAAGACUUCAGCCAGCUUCCUCCUCCUCCCAUCAGCGAAUCUUGUGAAUUUGAUGACCCAAGACUGAUGCAAAAUAUUGAGAAUGAUCAUCCCACAGCUACUCACAUCCGAGAAUUCCUCACUCUCCUGGCUGUGUGUCACACUGUUGUUCCUGAAAGAGAUGGAAACACGAUAAUCUACCAAGCCUCCUCCCCUGAUGAAGGAGCCUUAGUUAAAGGAGCCAAGAAACUGGGCUAUGCCUUCACAGGAAGAACUCCAGAUUCGGUCAUCAUUGAUGCGCUAGGAAAAGAAGAGACAUUUGAGAUUCUUAACGUGUUGGAGUUUUCAAGUGACAGAAAGAGAAUGUCAGUCAUUGUCCGGACUCCAGCAGGGCAACUCCGUCUGUACUGCAAAGGAGCUGAUAACGUCAUCUUUGAGAGGCUCUCCAAGGAUUCCCAGUACAUGGAGCAAACACUAUGCCAUCUUGAGUAUUUUGCCACAGAAGGUUUGAGGACUCUAUGCAUCGCAUAUGCAGACCUGUCUGAAAAAACUUACCAGGAUUGGUUGAACGUGCAUAAUGAAGCCAGCACCACCUUGAAAGACAGGACUCAAAAGUUGGAGGAAUGCUAUGAAAUCAUUGAGAAGGAUUUACUGCUUCUUGGAGCUACGGCCAUUGAGGACCGCCUUCAAGCAGGUGUCCCAGAAACAAUAUCCACAUUAAUGAAGGCAGAAAUCAAGAUCUGGGUACUAACAGGGGACAAACAAGAAACUGCUCUGAACAUAGGCUAUUCUUGCCGGCUUGUGUCUCAGAGUAUGUCUCUCAUCCUGGUGAAUGAAGAUUCGUUGGACGCAACAAGAGCUGCGCUGACCCAGCACUGUACGAACCUCGGGGAUUCGUUGGGCAAAGAAAAUGAUAUUGCUUUGAUUAUUGAUGGUCAGACUCUGAAGUAUGCCCUUUCCUUUGAAGUCCGGCAGUACUUCCUGGACCUAGCGUUGUCGUGCAAAGCUGUCAUCUGUUGCAGGGUGUCUCCGCUGCAGAAGUCUGAAAUAGUAGACAUGGUCAAGAAGCAUGUGAAUGCCAUCACCCUGGCCAUCGGGGACGGUGCCAAUGAUGUGGGCAUGAUCCAGACAGCUCAUGUUGGAGUGGGGAUAAGUGGCAAUGAAGGCAUGCAGGCGACCAACUCCUCCGAUUACGCCAUAGCACAGUUUUCUUACUUGGAGAAGCUAUUACUUGUCCAUGGAGCCUGGAGUUACAAUCGUGUGACAAAAUGCAUAUUGUAUUGCUUUUAUAAGAAUGUCGUUCUGUAUAUUAUUGAGCUUUGGUUUGCAUUCGUUAAUGGAUUUUCUGGGCAGAUUUUAUUUGAGCGGUGGUGCAUUGGCCUGUACAAUGUGAUUUUCACAGCAUUGCCUCCUUUCACCUUGGGAAUCUUUGAACGAUCAUGCACUCAAGACAGCAUGCUUAGGUUUCCCCAGCUCUACAAAAUUACUCAGAAUGCUGAUGGGUUCAAUAGCAGGGUGUUCUGGGGUCACUGCAUCAAUGCCUUGAUCCACUCCGUCAUUCUCUUUUGGUUUCCAUUGAAAGCUCUGGAACACGAUGCAGCAUUUACAAAUGGCCAGAGUGUGGACUAUCUGUUUGUUGGAAACAUAGUUUAUACAUAUGUUGUUGUGACGGUGUGUUUGAAAGCCGGUUUAGAAACUACAGCAUGGACAAAAUUCAGUCACUUGGCUGUUUGGGGAAGCAUGCUGCUUUGGCUGGUCUUCUUUGGAGCCUACUCUGCCAUCUGGCCCCUCAUUCCCAUUGCACCAGACAUGCUUGGACAGGCAGGAAUGGUGCUGAAAAGUGGAUACUUCUGGCUCGGUUUAUUUUUGGUGCCCACCGCGUGCCUUGUUAAAGAUGUGGCGUGGAGAGCGGCCAAGCAUACCUACCAUAAAACUUUGCUGGAGCAGGUUCAAGCGUUGGAAACUAAAUCCAAAGAACUGGGGAAAUCUAUGCUGCGUGAUAGUAAUGGAAAGAGUGUGAAUGAACGUGACCACUUGUUAAAAAGGCUCGGCAGAAAAACCCCUCCCAGCCUCUUCCGUGCUCAUUCUGUCCAACACGGAGUAUCACAUGGGUAUGCAUUUUCUCAAGAGGAACACGGGGUCGUUUCUCAGUCCCAAGUCGUUCGAUCCUAUGACACGACCAAACAGAGAAGUGGAGUCGAAUAACACGGUUCUUCCCCUUGAUUGGUGUUCAGAGUAAUGUGAUUUGGAUCAAUGAGUGCACUGUUAAUACAUCCUUGACUAAGGUUGGCAACAGCAGCCUAAACACCGGAAAGCUUUUUACUGUGGCCUUAGCCAACAAGUUUGUUAUGUAUUCUUGCAAACCUUGAGCAUAGAUUGUAGGGGGAAAUCAUCGUUUGAAGUCAACCGCCUUGCUCUGCCUAACAUUUGUUUCUGUUGUUUAUGAAGCAUUUGGCUGUGCUACAUGAGGUGUGGAACUGAAAACAUUUCAUUUUUACCACCAUUUAAAAAAAAAAAAAAUCCAUAUGCACAGUUCUGGGAGAAAACUCAAGCCGUUGUAUGUUCCAUGAGAAAUCUGCCUUUGCUUAAUUCAAAUAGGAGUGCUGGCAUUUCCUGUUUUGUCCUGCCCAGAUUCGAGUGCGCAAGACUACAUGUUUGAAACCUUCCUUUAUAAUAGUCACUGUUUAUUUGACUGAAAUGUUCACGGAGAGACGGGGCACUUAGGUUGCUAUUACAGGAAAACAAAUGUACCCGUGAGAAAGCAGGCAGAGGGAUAAAGCUCCAAGAGCUUAUGUUACCAGGUUAUGUUUUGAAACAACAAUAAGCACUGUAAGAUGGCAAAUCGUAUAAACUAUGUCAUAGCGAUGCUAGUUAUUUACACACACACAUAUUACCUUCUGCCACUAUAUUUAUCCAUUACCCUGUCUGCAUGGCAGGACGCUGUCUGCAUGGCAUUCUGCUCAAGGUGUAUCUCAAAACAACUGAAAUGCAGACUUCAGAUUUUGGCCCGGUCAUCCCAAACAGCAAAGAUUUUAGUUGCUCAGUGCAUAUUUCCUGUCCUCCACAGCAACAUUCCCUAGCUGUUAUGUGAAUAGUGCAGAGAAACUAGCCAUCUACAAAGAAAGUAGCAUCAGUUUAGGGAUUUUGUCACCCUUUGUUCAUGUCCUUCAUAUUGGCCUUUCUGAAAAUGUUGAAAAAGCUGGUGCCUUAACAUCCUCUGCUUGUGAAACUAAGGAGAACUUUGGAGAGGCAAAGGAAGAGUCCAUUUUGGAUUACUGUGUUGUUUUCUCCACUAGUUAGUAAACAAAUCAUUUAUUGUAAGCUGGAAUCUAAAGCAGGGGGAGAGAGAAAUAAGACCUCCUACCAAGAAACAAAAUACAAAAUAGGCCUUUUCCCUGGGAAACUCCAACAAACUCAGCUCAAAUAAGGAUGAGCUCAGUACAAACUUCUUCUUAAGAAGAAGAAACAAGGUGUUUCUUCUCAGCACCUUGGAAAAACGGGUCAAAAAUAUUUUGGACAUUAACAAAAAUUCAUUGUCCAGCAUGGCUACUUCAGGGAAAUAUUUCCUUAGGAGGGAUGGUUUCAUAAAUGUACAGAGAUUAUAUCUUAGAUGGGGUUAGCAUUAGGGUUGCCAAGUCUUUUUGGCCAGGUUCCUGAACCUUUCACAGCUGCAUGACAAGGAGAUAUCCUGCAGGUGAUGAUUUCUCCAACACAGAGAUGUUGUAACGGGGGAGAAAACGCCACUUGCUGGAUUUUAUUUUAUUUAUUUAUUUUAUUGUCAAAUUUAUGUACUGCCUUUCAUUAAGAAUAAUCCCAAGGUGGUUCACAUCAUAUUAAAACAAUACAAAUCAAUUUUAAAAAUUUGAUUAUCGUGCAGCUUUCAGUGACAUGGGAGACCUGUCCGAAAAAAAGUUGAUUGCAGUAAGCAAGGCACCUGUUAAUUGGUCUGCCAGUGGAGUUAGUUCCUAUAGCUCUUGAUCACCUUAGCACUCCUCAUUUUAGUUUCCUGAGAUGUUUUUUUAAAAAAAAUCAUGAGAAAUGUAGCAAAUUCUUGCUUCGUUGGUUUGCCAAUGUUCUGGGUGGAAUGGGCAUGCCCCAUGUACCCUGGAAUCGUGCAGAAUUCUAGGAAAAGCAAGAGAUGAAUAGAGCUCUUAGAUUCACCCAAUGCUGUCCUUCAGACAAGCUUUAUUAAUUCUAGUAGCCAGACCACAUUUUUGAAUAGCAUAAGGUAAAUACUGCUGCAAAGCUUGUCUUCAACCACUUCUCUCAGUUAUCAUAGGUGCUGUACAUAGGCCCUUAAAAAUACCAACACUGUUUUUUGCCCUUUUGCUGACCGCCCUCUGGAACUUUUAUUGAUUUAAGUGUAUCCGAAAGCGAUUCGCCUAUGAAUAUUUAUGCUCAUCAAGCCAAAGAAAAACAGCCAUCUGGUUCCCUCCCUGGCCUAAUCUUUCUAAAGGGUCUCCAAUGAAUUCCAGUGCUUGAGUGCCACCAUUCAGUUCUUGGUGCCACCUUGAGCACGCUGGAAUCCCUGUAGCAUGGAACACAAGAGUUUUCUGAGUCUGCAAGUCCUCCGCAGGGUUUUUCUUGGACCAGAACUGGAGUGGGGAAAUAUCUCCAUUCCCCUAUUUACAUUGCCGAUGGGGGAAAAUGCAAUAUGGGAAAGCUGGAAGCAAUUUGCCAAUAAUCAUGGACGUCAAGAGGCCAAAUGUGAGUGUGUGCUGUGUUUUCAUUCACCUUUAUAUGACAAGCACAUAACAUAGUGAGGAUUAUAAGCAGAGCAAAUAGUAAAGUCAUGGAGGAAACCAAGUCUAUUAAUAAUGAAAAUCUCUAGUAUUAGAGCCUUGCCUAUUUCUUUAAGCAUUUUAUUUGAUUCUCUGAUUAGGGGCAUGAUCCAGUCGACAUUCAGCACUUUUGUGCAAAGCACAGGCUUAAUUCUUCAGCUGAAAUUGAUGGGGAUAACUUUGGCCCAUGUACUGUGUCUGCCUGGAAAAUAUAUGAAAUAGUUCACUUAAGAAAACAAAAUCACCUGCUAACCACUGUGCAUCGUGUUAGAAGGUCUAACCACCUGCAAAGGCAAGCAUGAUACCAGUUGAGCUUCUAUAAGCUAAAGCAUAACUCCCCACCCACCACAAAAAAGGAUGCUUUGCGACUCCUAGGACAUAUUCCCUAACAUACUAGACCACCACCACCCCUGUUCAAAUUUAUUAUUUAUUUAACAUAUUAUUAUUUUUAUUUAUUUACCAUCAUUUGUAUACCACCCAAAAUUCAAGUCUCUGGGCGGUAUGAAAUUGAAAGGCUAGCAGGAACAUUACAAAUGCAUACAAUGAAAUGGUGUGGGAGGGGAAAAUAGAAACUUUUUUUAAAAGACUGGAGAAUAGCUGAAGGCAGUUAGAAGGAGGAAUUGUUGGCCGCACCCUGUAUGCUCAUCCCACCUUCACCUCUGAUUAAUAUGAUUUAGAGGUUUUUUGCAUUUUGUUUCCUAGAUCAGGCACUUUCCUAGAUAUAGCACUUUUGGAUGUUGGAAGCUCUUCAAAAGCAUUGAGGUCAUUCACACGACCAGGUCUACCUGGGCUAGCAUAGGUCUACCCAGGUCGACCUGGUCAAGAGAACCGCCAGGAUCGCUCCCUCUCUCUCACCAUGCUAUUCACCGCAGUGGCAGUCAUGUGUGAGCAUGGGGCAGUGACUGGGGCAGGAGUGACAGUCGUGAGGAGGAAGGUAGGAACGAUCCUCCCUGGCUCCAGGAAAAAUGGUUGUGGCCAUGACCUUAUUAUCUUGUUCUGAACCUUACAGGAACCUUGUAGGGUUGGUCAAUAUUAUUAUCUAAAUAUUGCAGCUAGGGGGCUGAAGCUAGCGAAUUCAUAGCUGAGGGGAAAUUCAGACAGUGGGACCUGGACCCGUAGCGGGAGGGGUUAGGUCGUGCCUGACUCCCCCUAAAUUUUUCUCUGCCCCCUCAAAAUUUUUAUGAACAUUUUUUCCCCCUAUAUUGUAAUUAAUGAAGACCAGCUAAGGUAGUAAAACCUCCCCCACCCACUUUUUUUGGUCCCCCCCCCCAGUGUUGAGGCUGGCUCCAGGCCUAUGGGGAUCUUCUGGGUUUUUAGCCAAGUCUCUUAACCACUACACUAUACCAGCAAAUCUAUUUGAUUAAAAGUAACUGUGGAACAAAAGAAAGAAGAGUGUGUAGCAUAGGAAGCCAUGUAACCUAUCUCAUGCCAUUCCCAAGUUUCUUAAAAACUACUUUCUUUCUCCAGCCUCACUUAUUUGCUUAAUAUGGCAAAGUGAGUAAUGUUGGGGAAGAACGGCUGUCGACUGACAUGAUUUAUUUUACUAGCAAAGGCUAUUGUGGGGGGCUGUGUCAUUUUGACCUAUCUCUAAAUUGAGGUCAGCCGAUGUCACAUUCAAGCUCUCCCCAGAGUGACUAGUUGGCGUGAACUGAGAUACAUGUGUUAGGUGUCAGCUCAACAGAAAUUACACAGGGUGCUUGUCACACUGUUAUAUCCUAAGUGACAUUUGGGUUGGCGGGUCAAACUUUUGUCAGCACUGGAGGACCUUAAUCUGGAUCUGGGUUAAUCCUAUGGAACCCACCCAGGUCAAGACCUGACAUUCUUCAUGUCCGCUGGAGCCAUUACAAACCUAAUCUAUCGUACCAUAGGUAUACACUGAUGUUUUUAGCUCUUCAUCUUAGUAACAGACCAGUAGUGAACAAGCAAGCAUAUCCUGGACAUAUUAUCAGCAAAAAGGAAAUCAGCACUUGUAUAAACAUAUUCUACAUCCAAUUGCUGAAAUGAGUGUAGCCUCAAGAGCCACCUUGAACAUCUGGUGUGAAAAUGUUAUCAAUUUGACAGGGUACUGGAGCAGAAUAUGUGAAAGAGUUCUGCUUGACAAUCUGGAUUAACAGUUCUGUGCUGAUCAAAACAGUGUUAAGGGAUGGAGAGAGGAGGAGAGGACUCUUUAUCAGCUCACUACAAUGACCAAUCUGCCAGGGUUUCUGGAACAUUCUGAGGAAAAGCCAACGUCAGUGUUCCCUUGUUAAAAACCAGAUAUGAAUUGUCUCUUUGGAUCAAUAUGAUAUGCUGCCUAGACCUGGUGCACAAAGGAUGCCGUUCCUUUAACAAGGGUCUUGUUACAAAUUAAAAAACAUGGAGCUGGGUUGUGAGUCAAGCUCUGCUGAGAAAUCUGUUGACGUUUUCUGUUCCUUGACAAGGCUUCAGGUCUUGCUGUAGGGAGCUACCAGGGGAAGUCAGUAAUAACUUGUCAAGAAGGAAUAGUGAAUUGCUAAUAAAACUAUUGGAGUCAAGGCCAGUUGCUAAUGUACCUAAAAGGAAAUAAAAAACUGUAUGCAGAGCAAACACAGAGUCUAUGGGCCGUAAAUUAAGAGAACAGUCUUGCCUUCCUAAUCUUUACUUCACUAGACCACACACUUUUUAAGACAUGCCAAAGAAAUCUAUAGUUUCUCUUCAGUUUGCAGCCAACAGUUUUAACAGCAGAUACUGGAGCAAAAUGUCCAGUUACUGAAGUUACUUUAUUUUUAGAACAAGCAGGACUGUGUUUAUUGGGAGACUAUUGGUUGUUAUCCUAAAUAAUUAAAACCAAACUAAGGUUGGCAAAACAAAGUGUGUUUUGUUUUGUGUUAUUUGUGGAUCUUCAAGUGAUAUCUCCCUUGUACAAAAAAAUAAGUGCAGUGUUAAUAGGUUGCUCUGCACAGCAUUGUCGUUUACUCAGUAGUUCUUAAAUUGCGAGGUAGAACUCCCUCAAGAAAGUAUGGGCUUUUGGGUAAGGAAGACAUAAUUGAGGCAGAAAGUAAAGACCUAAAAGAAAGAAAGGAGGGAACUGGAGGAAAGCAAACCAAUAUGGUAGUUAAAGACAAAUUAAGAACAAGGGGAGUAAGAAUGACAGAGGAACUUAUCUGGAGAAAAAUCUUCACAGGAAGAUUCCUGAAUGCAUAUGAAGCAUGGCUUAAAAUUGUUAUGAGGGGUCCCAAAGAUGAGUUGUCCUACAUGCAGGGUAACAAUAAUAUUGUUACCCUGCCCUAAGUCAUGGAAAGUUCCAAGUCUUCCCCUAGUCUUGGCUUCCUUUGAAGGUGCGAUGUCUGGAGGCUUAUGGUGUCUUUGUAGUAUUUGGUUUAUUUACAGAUAUACAAUCAGAGCAUCAGAUGGAGGUGAGCAACAGUGCAUUCCUAGAAGCAGUAAUAGAUCUCUUCGGCUCCUCAGAGAGCAGCUCGGCAUCCCAAGGUAUGCUUUUAGCUUCAAUCCCUCCAAAACUCCUGACCCUGUAUUCCAAAACUGCUUGUCUCCUUCCAAGUGCUUAUUUUGUCCCUUAACACACAACACACAUCCUUCUGGAGGUUGAGAAAGAGGAUGGCUUUUCUACCUUCUGUUAAGGUAGACCAUUAAGGAACAUUCGCUUUUUUUGUCAAAUUCCAGCUGCUGAGCAAACAUUAGCUCUGUUCAUGGGUCAUGAAAACAGGUACAUUGCACCUAAGCACAGGCUGAUGGGAGCAUAUUGGUUAACCACACCCUUAACUCUCCUUGGGUGUAACAGGUGCUUGCAGAGGCAAAUGCUGUACCUGGGGAAAGUUCCCUAACCCCAUGAUUUGAAAUGCUGGAGCACUUCAAAUCAUCUAUAUAUAUAUAAUUCUCCUGGGUGUGUCUAGGAGUGUGCGUCCGAGCACCCAGCUGAUUGGCUGGGUGACGGACACACCUGAUUGGCUGAGGUGCACCCAGGAGGAUUGGUUGUUGCCACCACUGCAGGCCCAGCUGUGGAGGCCAGAGGCGGUGGCGGGCCCGGCCGCGGAGGCAAAGCCCAGGAGAGGGGAAAGAAAGGGGGGCAGAAGUGGCAGUGGGGAGGAGAGGCGGCUGGGCCCGGAAGCGGAGACUGGGGCAGAAGGUGGGGGGGAAGAGGUAACCACUGGCCCCAAAGAGCGCACAGAUGCUCUGUGUGGGGUCGGCUAGUAGGAAGAAAAUCUCCCUGUAGGGUGUGGCUACGGGAUGUACUGGCACGAGAGGAAGCAUAGCUAGUUAGUGUGCUCCCCUUUACUUUCUUAACACAUAAAUAGAACCAUUGCCUUAGGGCAAGACCAUCUUGAUAGGCCAAGUCAAUUUCAUAACAAUAUUUAUAGCACAUACACAGGGGCUAUUCACAUGACUGAGCAGCCAGGCGGGGGGAAGGCUAGACCAACUCACCUUCCCCCAGAUGGAAUGUUGCUCAAUUAUAGCUACACCCCUGUCCACAAUCCAUAGUAAAUUGCCUAAGGAUACCAAAACAACAGUUGGUGCCUCAUUGUUUGAAGGGGGAACUCCAUCCUUGACCAAACACUGGGUAUGCUGCGGCUUGAGUGCUGCGGCACUGUUACCAAAUUGUGUGAGCCUGAUCCAGCAGGGCUGUUCUUAGGUUCUUAUGCACAAUGGCUGAGCAAGGAGAGGCUGGCCCAGCUGCGUGAUUGGCAAAAGUGGCAGCGGCCGGCGCACACAGGAGGGGCUGAGGGAAGUGAGGUUGGCCCAGCCAGCAUCCUGUUGCACUCUCUCGGCUCAAAUUGCAGCCGGGUCACUAGAGGAAAGGCUUGCUUUCUCUCUUGCAAGCCCUCUACCUAGUGAACUGGGCUCAGAGAGACUGACGAAGGGCACAACAAAGGAGGAGGAAUGACGUCACCCCUCAACAUGAUGGGCACGACUGGGCCGCCGCUCAUACUUAACAUUUGCUCUGGGCCCUUCUUCCCACCCCCCACCUUGGAACAGCCACCGAACAGUACAUGAGGGAAUAUUUUUUUUAAAUGCCAUCUCCAACUUUUCAUCGGAGGUGCUGCUGCCCACGCUACCACUGCAUUCUGCUGCAUGUGUGGGCCAGCUGUAUCUCUAAUGAAGACAUGCCUUUUCCUUACCUUGUUCAGCUACUGUAGGAGCUGCUAAUUUUGCCUAAGGGAAAUAUUAAGAAUCUUUAUUUCACCUUCCCUCAAUUAUGAAGAUCAUAAAUCUUCACAAAGAGCCCUUCUGAGCCUUUGAAUUUGUCUUAGGACAACAUAAAUUAUGUUGGCUGUCAUCAAUAACUGUUUAUUUUAUUUAUUGUUCUAGUUCAAUUUCUAUGCCGCCUUCCAUAAACGUAUUCCAAGGUGGCUCACAAAAAUUAAAAUAUAAUAAAACCCCAUAAAAAUCACAUUAAAACAUUAAAAUCAGUUAAAGCAAUGGAAACCAUAAAACACGCCCCCCCCCGCAAAAAAACAACAACCCAACCAUAAAAAGAGGAAUUGUUCCGCUUCCCCGAUGAAUUGUUUUCUGAGGGUGUUGAGAAGCUUCUGUCAGGUGAGCACUCUAGCCCCUUUUCCCUUUAUUCCCGAAGCUUCUUUGGAAAAAUCUGUGACAGUUAUUCAACACCUUUAUAGUGUAGACUAUACAAGGUGCUCUGAGUCGUUUCACAUGUAGGGCUUAUGUUGAGAUGUUUUUAAUCUGUUGGCAAUAUGAAAAUGAGGUCCAUAAUAAUCCAGUUGCUCUCAAGUAGCAAGGCCAGGUCCAGGAGACCCCUAGGUUGUAGCUCCACUCAGCAGGCAAUACUUAGCAUGUCAGUAGUAGACAAAUCCAUCUCUUCCUGAAUUCCAAGCCUUCUCCCCAGCACUGCUUCAUUGUCUGCAUUCAGCUUGAACCUAUUUAUUGUCCUUCAGCCACUGACCUCAGCCUCCAAACAUUAGCUAGAAUGGACAUUCAAUGUGUACAUUCCACAUUCACAACAUCCAUGCAUGGCCUAACGGGAGAGAUGCUCCAAGGCCAUCUUUUUUACAUGGUCAUUGUGCAAAUGUUCCCAGUUACAUUUGGGGAAGCAUGAACACACUGUUAUGAAAGCACCUUAAAACACCCUCUGCUGUAUGUACUCUUUCAUAAACUGUAAUAUCUUGUAAUGUUUCUGUGUAUAGAAGCAAGACCUUAACUGUAUGAUCUCCAUUCAGACAUAGCUUUAUUUAGCAUUCAUGUAAAUAAAAAGCCUUACCUUUAUAUAUAUAAAAAAAUACUGUACUCUGAAGAAAUAAUGUCUUCUCUUUGAGUGUAAGGCUCAGGAAUUUGAACUUGAAACUUAAAUAUAGCUUAAAGCAGUGGUUACAUACUCCUGAAUGCCUAUAGAUUGCAGCGUUUAUGUCCUCUUUGGAUGUUUCAUGAAAAGUAUUGUGUAUAUUUUAACCUUAUUUGAAUAUUUGAGUAAAUUCCAUUUUUAAAGGUCAUGGAAACAAAAGACACAUUUUCCAGGACGUGUCAUAAGAUCACCUCAUGACCAUAACCCUAUCCACGUUUUAUUCAACACAUGUACAAUCUGUGUACAGUGUACACAGAUUGGGACACAAAGAAAUUUAUCCACACAUUAUGUUUAACACACAUACAGUAGUACAGUUCCUAUCUGUACUCUGUACUUGUGGGGUCCUGUACCCAGGUUCACUUUUUAUAAGAAUGUAGGUACAGUCAUUAACACAAGAUGUGCAUAUAUACAAACACCUGUACACAUGUACAAUGUAAUGGCUGAACAGGGCUCAUGAAAUAAGGAGAGAAAAAUUAAGGAAGACAUUUCAUUUGUCUCUCUUAUUGAGUUAGCAGGGUCUCUUCAGUCAUAUUAUUGCCAGAGGCACAUUCAGCCAAGUACAAAGUUCUUGUAUAGAGAACAAUUAUGGAGUUUAAUCUUCAUAGAUCCCCAAAGAAGUAAAUUCCUUGAAGUUAUUUUUCUCCCGAGUUGGCAAAAACAAGCUAACCCAGCAAUAGCCACCUUUUUUGGCAAGAGUGCCACAAGCCAAGUCCAAAGAGCAUGUUGCAGUAGCAGAAUGGGUUCUGGAUUCCGGGGCCCUCUUCGGAAACUGCCCUUCAUGUGCCCUCUUUUACCCAGGCCCUCGAGAGAGCCCCUCUGCUACCACCAGAAGAGGGCUACAGGUAUAAAGUUCAACAGUGGGCAUUCAACAGCUGUCCAGCAAUGUCAACCCCUGAUGCCCCCCUAUAUGGUAUAGAUGCAACCAGGGGCGGCCCUUUCAUGAGGCAAAGUGAGGCAGUCACCUCAGGUGGCAGACGACUGAGGCACCAGAAAGGUGGUGAGAUGCCUCCUCCUGCUGCCAUCAGAAUAGCUCUUUGGGAUCCAUCUGACCCUUGCACGCUUUUGCAAGGAGAUCCUCUCUUCACGCUCCUUGCAAAGCUUGCAAGAAGUAUGAAGAGAAAAGAUGAGGCUACUGUCAAUCAGACACUUCCCCUCCUUCCCACCCCUGUACCACUUACAAAGCUUGCAAAUGUUAGUUUUGAGAGGGAGCUCACCCCACUAGGGCUGUGGGGCAUGACAGCAUUUGGUGCCUUGCCUCAGGCCCUGCCACCCCUGGAUGCAGCCCUUCUAUGUCUAAGGCUCCCUGUGGAUGCAGCCCACAAGACCUCUAGUCAGCUGAACUAGGCAGUAAUGCAAUAUGGGAGAGGCAGGCAGAAGUAAAACCAAGAUUAUGCCACAGUCAGCCACACCUGUGAGCAUCUCCCACCCCCAGCCUGCCUCUCAAUACCAGUUACAGGGGAGCAACAGCAGGAGAGAGGGCACGCCCUCACCUCCUACCCGUGGGCUCCCCAGAGGCAUCUGGUGGGCCACUGUGCGAAACAGGAUGCUGGACUAGAUGGGCCUUGGGCCUGAUCUAGCAGGGCUGGUCUUAUGUUCUAACCUGUAUCACAAUUCAUGUACUUGUAUUGCUUUUCAUGUAUUGCUUUUCUUAGGGCAGAUGUGAAAGUGCUAACUCGCCUCCACAAUCCAUAGUAAAUUGUUUAAAGAUACUGAAACACAGUAGGUGCCUCAUUGUUUGAAGGGGGAACUCCAUCCUUAACCAAACACAGGGUAUGCUGUGUCUUGAUAAGUGGCCCUGUUACCAAAUUGUGUAAGCCAGGGAAUUUAGUGCAAAGAAGGUCCCAUUCAGUGAGGAAGGCUAAGAGGCAAGAAAGGAAAACAUACUAAACUUAACAGUAGGAGCCAGUUAUUUUAUGGCUGUGUGGUUUCACCGAGAAGAUCUUCCAGAUGUAAUUUUGGCAUUAAUGCCUCUAUUUUUUAAAAAAAACAACACCCAUCUGCAGGAUUGCUUAGAAAACACAAAUCAACAGCUGUUAUGUCUGUGGUUUUUGCUUUCCACUUUGGUCUUCUUCCUUCAAGAAAUGGGUGUGAGGUCUUGCCACUCUCCCCUCAGUGGCUAUUAGACUUCAGAUGUCACUGAAACUCCUCCUUGCCUCCCUUCCAGAAACAUAAAUCCAGAUAUAAAACAAUUAGGCAAUUAGGCCUCUGCAGAUUUACACUGAGUGGUUGGCAGGAGGCGAAGAGAUCUACCCCCAAGUUCAAAAACACAGCCUAUUGCUCUAAUACACAGAGGUCAAAUAUUAACUGUCUGAGUGACAGGAUCAUUUGCAGUGUCUUUUUCUUUUCUUUUUUAAUUAUUGGAGAGUCAAGUUAUGAGCCCUCUGUUCUAUCAUAUCGAAUUGCUUAAGUGUUGUUUUUCAGGUUUCACUAACUAUGCAGAGGGGAGCGAUGCGAUGGGAAAAUGUCUAAUUGGCUCCCAGCAGAUUAGAGCAACUCUUGGUAGUUGUAUGGAUUCCCUCUCCCCUUCCUCAAGAGUUGCCAUUUUUUAAAAAAUGUUUCGUUAAUGUCCUCUGGUAGUUUAAAUACAGCACUGUGUUAGUGGGGGUUGUUUCCCUCCCAGAGUGGAUGCAAAGGAAGGUCAUUUUACUAUACUUUUAGAUGGUUUGGAAAAAUGAGGAAAUCCGUUGCUUGCAGCAAGCCUGUUUACCAGCCUGUGUAUGCACAAAAACUAUUUCCAAUAAAUCUUUUAUUAAAGUAAACAA